UUUUACCCACCUACAGUACUGACAAUUCGAGUAGAUUUGUGUGUGCACGCUUCGUGUGCAUGCGUUGUACACCUUGAGAUGACGUUGGCUGAAGCUAAAGCUGCAUAUUCAGCUGGUGAUGACUACGUCGCCCAAAAUGAUUUUCAAUCCGCGGAGUCAUCAUACCGGCGCGCCAUCCAGCUUUAUGACUCAGCCGGCGGAAGUCUCGUUGACAGAUCACGUGCGCUUCAUAAUUUGGGAUUUUGUUUAAGUAAUCAAAACAAUUAUAAAGAAGCAGAGAAGUUUCUUAAUGAAUCGUUGGUCAUCGAAAGAACACUUGACCCUCAACAUAAACCAUAUCUUGCUACCACUCUUCAUAUGCUGGGAUAUUGUUUGAGAGAACAAGCUAAAUUUGAUGAUGCAGUGAGAUAUUUGAAAGAAGCCCUUGAGCUGCAUCAUACUUUGAACAACAAAGAGUCUACUGCAAGGACUCUUCAUGAACUUGGGCGGUGUUUGAGUAACCAAGAGAUGUUUGAUGAUGCAGUGAGAUAUUUGAAAGAAGCCGUUGAGCUGAAACGUACUUUGAACAACAAAAAGUCUACUGCAACGACUCUUUAUGUGCUGGGAUAUUGUUUGAGUGAGCAAGCUAAGUUUGAUGAUGCAGUGAGAUAUUUGAAAGAAGCCCUUGAGCUGAAUCGUACUUUGAACAACAAAGAGUCUACUGCAGCUACUUUACAGGUGUUGGGUGUCUGUCUGAUCAGGAAAGGCAGCACUGUCGAUGCUGAAGUACUACUUACAGAAGCUGUAAGCAUCUACAGGACUGCCUUUCCCAACAACAAAUCCGCCUUUGCUAACGCCUUGAGUUGGUUGGGACGCAGCUUAAAAGAUCAAGAUAAAUACACAGAUGCCAUUAAAGUUUACAAAGAGCAACUGGAAAUUGAGCAAAGUUUUGGUCCAGAUGGUGAAGAUGAUGCUGAAGAAGCAAGGGAGAGCAUCAUCUAUUGCCGUUCAAUGCAGGAGAAAACCAAUGUUACAAAAGAGCCUGCCAAUGACCAGCAAGCAUCUGAGAGUGAAUGGCUCAAAUUGAUAGCCAAGUCACUAAAUGGUAAAGAAGUGCAAUUGAAGGCAAAAGCAUCUGAUACUAUUGCCACACUGAAGAAACAACUUGGUAGCAAGGACGAUUCUUCAUCCAUGGAUCAACUGCUCGUUGUGAAUGGAAAACAAUUACGUGAUGAGCAAACAUUGUCUGAGGCAGGAUUGACGAAUGAAAUGACACUAAAUUGUGUCUCUUGUCCAAGGGCGGUGACGAGCAUGGGCUCCGAUGUUGGCGAGUUAUUUGUGCGAGCUCUAGAGCAAGGAUCGAUUGAAAUAACGCGAGUCAAGAUUGUCAUCGUGGGCAAGGACAGAACGGGGAAGUCGUCUUUCAAACGAUCCUUGCUCAAUGAGAAGUUCCAGGUAUGUGAAGCGAGCACACCCGUGGCUAAGGCAGAAGUGGCCGUUUGUGAAGCAUGCAACUGGAGUGCUUUGCAUGACAAAGACCAGCAAUUUUUAGACAGACAAAUAGCUAGAGCAGCGAUCCAUGCACAGCAUGCUUCUAAUGUAAACGAGGCAGGUAGUAAAGAUGCUGACAAUGAAGAUGGACAAACUGCAAACGCUCAAUUUGGCACAACCACAAGCAAGCCGCGUGAAGCGACUGCAUUGAGUCAAGUUACUGCAAUCAAGACAAACACAGACAAACUAGACAAAGCAGCUGCAUCUAUUGGUGAUGCCGAAAGCAGCACAAGCAACGACAAACUGGACGAAGCCAUUGUCCUGACCGAAGGAAUCGGUCGUGCUAUAAAGCAGUUUCAAAGUGAUCCCGAUAUUCUGAAGCAAGAAGAAUCAAAAGUUUACCAUACCAUCUGGGAUUUAGGAGGUCAGGAACUCCUACUUCCUGGUCAACAACAAGCCAUCACACCGAGAAGUAUUGUUUUUCUCGUGUUUGAUGCAAGGAAGUUUCUCAAUGAAGAGGCCCAAUCGUCCCACCGUUCUUCUCCCGACUCGGAAGAAACUCCGAUUCCUAACAUGUGGAUCGAAAAGAAUUACGAUGCUUUGUCUUUAUGGGGAUCUACGACUUUCUUGGCAAGAGCCGAGGGUCACCAUUUAAUUGAUUCUCUUGACAAGUCAUUGGCAUGCGCAUUACCCAUUAUGUUCUUGAUUGGAACACAUAUCGCCGAAGUCAGUCAAGAAAUGAUAGAGAAGCAGAAUAAAUUUCUGUCUGAGAAGUUUUUUGGUCAGAAAUUUACGGAGCACAUCUACCGACCAAGCCAGCAGCCUGAUGAUUGGUUUUUCCGUGUUGAAAACUCGGUGUCCAAUCCAGAAUCUCCAAAGGAGGAUCCGGGUGUAGUUGCAGUGAAACAAGUCAUUGGAAAGGUGACAAAUUCUGUGUCAUUUAAAAGUUUGAUACCAGCGACUUGGGCUGUGCUGGAGAAAAUCUGCGAUGGUCUAGAAGAGAAGAUGGGCAGUGCCUUGUCUAGUGUCAAUGUUAUCUUGGCUUUGGCCAAUCGAUUGUGUCGUAUCUCUGAAGAGAAAGAAGUGCGUGCGGCUCUGGUGUAUUUGGAUGAUGCCGGAUCAGUAAUAUUCCCUCAGAAGAGUGAGAAAUUGAAGGAUACUGUCGUCACCAAACCGAAUUGGCUUUUUAUGGUUUUUUCAGUUAUUGCGUCAGUCCACUAUCCUUCUGGGGUAUUUUGUAUGUAUUGGACUCGAGCCAAGAAUACAGGAAUCGUUAGCUGGGAGCUGAUGAAGGAUUGCCUCAGAAAGGCAGGAGUAAAAGAAGAAGAAUACGAAGUCGUAUUGAAUUUGUUGAAUUGCUUCUAUUUGCUCUCUCCUAAAUCUCCACCAUUUCAGCUAGCAAUUUCUUACGAAACGGAAUACUUUGUUCCUUGUCUGCUGGAGUCUGACCUAAACUUGCCACUAGCAGCUGCUGCUCCAGUGAAUCCUAACAAUAUCAAACCAUUCUCACUCAUUAUUUCUCCUUGCCAAAUUGCAUUUAUUCCCGAGCAACUGCAUUUCAGGCUAAUGACCUGUUGCAUCGAGGAAUGUCCUGAUGAGCCGAUGUUGACACGUCACCACUCUGUGUAUCGAGUUGAGAAAGGUGUCACGUUAGAAAUGGCUUAUUAUUCCAAGAAAUACAUCAUUUUGACCAUUGACACAACAAGACCAUGCCAUGAAAUUGCUUCCUUAUGUACACGCAUCCGUCUGUUUAUAACCAAAAAGCUUGAUGAAGUGAAGAAACCAGGAUUGCCUAAUUUCCACUUUUCAGUAAACAUUCAACCUUCAGGACCAGCUGUUCCUGUCUGUCCCACUAAGCUAGUAUGUAUAGACGAGUACAAACCAAGUGGAGACACACCAUUAAGAGUAAACAUCAGCAGACGUGAUGUGAGAUUAGAUCCAAAUGAAAGAGCUGCAUUAGACUGUUGGUUUUACAAACAGAAAAAUGAUGAUAAUGGAACAGCACAACAUCUACAGUGUAAAGCAGACAGCAUAUGUACAUCUGAGGAGAUUACAGAAGUGGCAAGCAAACUUUCUGCCCGUUGGGAAGAACUUGUUUCUCGUUUGUCUUCUUCCUUAUUUACGAUCAACAAAAUAGAAGAGAUAAAAGGAGAGAACAGGGACAAGUUCUUUUUGCAAGCUCGAAAGGCACUAGAUAUGUGGACAAACCGACUUGGUUGCAAAGCCAGUCGCCGAUUACUGAUAAACACCAUAUGUCAAAUUGGUUGUAGAUUGCAAGCGGAAGAAGUUUUUGGUUACCAGUUGGUACAAUAUGUUUCCUUGCUGUAAAGAGAUUUUUGUAUUUUGUAGGUUUUGUACUGUUAUUUUGAUAUACCACAUUUUAGUUAAAAUUUUCUUUUUCUAUCAUUGGAACGGCUUUACACUAUUUUGUCCAGUAGAUUUUGUUGACUCAGUUACAGUGUAUUGCUAGUGAGUUACAGUCAAGGACAAAGCAGUUAUGCUUCUUAUUUUAAUUUGUAUGUGUAGUAGACGUUUAGCCCAAUA